GCGCAUCUCUUAUACUCCUUGGCGAAAAGCGUUAGCCCCCCUCGUGCGCAGAUGUUGUCCAGAUUGAGAUGCGGUGCGACGUUCUGCAUGCUGUGGACAACAGACAUGGACCCACAGAAGACAACAACCAUCCAUGGCACCCUAGAAAAGCCGCACGUCGACAUCUGGUGCUCGAUGGCUUCCAUAUCCUUCCUAUUGUAAUCCAUCAUGUCCGCAGCGACCUCUCGCGACAACGCAUCUCCCGAUCCACCUAAAAUAAAACGAAAUACUGUUGGCAGCCAUGAGCUACGGGCAUGGUGUGUUGCCCCUUUCCCCGACAACGAGCAUGUGGUGAGCGCCUCCGAUGACGACACUGUCGUCGUUUGGAACUUCAGAACACAGCAAAAAGAACGCUGUUGGACUCACAAGGGUGCCACCACUGUCGCCGUCUCUCGUGAUGGCAAAAAGGUUGUCAGCGGGGGUCGUGAUUGUGCUCUUCAGCUCUGGAGUGCAGAGUCCGGCGAGCAUCUCGCUGGACCUUGGAAGCUGCACAAAGAGAGAGUCUGGUCUGUAUCAUGGUCUCCGGAUGGGAACCACAUUGCGUCCUGUUCAGCAGACAGCACUCUCAUAAUCUGCAAUGCUGGCUCAGGAGAACUUAUCCUCGGGCCUCUCCCGACCGAACAGGAUGCUGUUCAUGCCGUCGCUUACUCGCCAGAUGGGAAGAACGUCGCUACUGGCGGGCAAGACUUUACGAUCAAAAUCUGGGAUGCUCGCACUGGACGUCUACAAGCAACACUGCGCGGCCAUACGAUGGCAGUCUCUUCGGUUGCUUGGACCAAGGAUGGGAGUCAAGUCAUCUCCGGAUCUGUCGAUCACACUGUUCGAAUAUGGGGCAUUGCCGAAGGAAAGGAAGUAUGCCCUGAGAUACAAGCACAUUCUCAUGCGAUCAACUAUAUUGCCGUAUCGGCACACGUGUUUGUAACUGCAUCUAUCAACCACGCAUAUUUAUGGUCUCUCAAGACUCGUCGGCGCCUUUCUGGCCCAUUCGAGCUCUCAAGAUGUGAUGAAGCCAAUUGUGUUGCGCUCUCUGACGAUGAAAACACUAUCGCUGCUUGUACUGAAAGGGGUAAAGUGUACACCUGGAACAUCGGAAAAAUCACCUCGGCGAUUCAAAAGGAGGGUGCAGAGGAUAGCGAGUUCAGCGAUAUUGGUGAUGUCGACGUCACUGGAUCACCUUAUUACGACUCGGAUCUGCCUGAUGGUUUUUUUAGUAACACGCGCUCAAAUGCGUUCCAAGGGACUUCCUCGCGGGCCCAGAAUGGGAUCAGGGGGCCAGUCAAGAGAGGUGUCACUUGGCAACGAUUGGUUGCCCCAUUGCGUAUACCACGACCAGCAGUGGUAGACGUGUCAUUCGCGAGACUGACCGCCGUUAGAACCAAACGAACUUCCGCUGGGCGGCGCUCAGAGGUUUGUAUCUCCUACUUUCCUCGGUGUCUCCUUCCCUCACUGUUUUCGUGCGAAGUUGCGGGCGAACACUACAGAAUCUGAGCCUGGCCUAGAGCCAUCGUUGGCAACCGCGCCUCGUGAACGUUUAUCUUGGGUCAGACUGUGGGCUGCUGUUCGAAGACUGUUGAUGUUCCACCACCAUCAUCGAUGAUACCCUUCACCGCACCUGUUCUUUCAUCAUAGCAAGGCGACUCCAUCUGCUAGUUGUCGCAAUUCUGAUAAGCACUCAAUAUGCGCAUCGAUAAUUGUUCCCAAAAGGUUCCCCGAGUUACUUAUUUCGUGACAGACUCUGACUCUGUGCUGUAAUCAUGUACUACUUUCUUCUCUACCACUUGGCCGUCUCGAAUUUCGUUCAAACUUGAGAU